AUGGCGAAGGCAAAACCUAAGACAAUCGGGUUUGUGUUGGUGAUUGUGGGGCUUAUGGGAUUGUUUCUCAUAGCACAUCUGAUCUGGGCUUCAUCAUCUUUCUCGCCUUCAAAUUGGGCUCUCAAAGAUUUGAACAAUUUUGUGGUUCCAAACCCUGUUCACAGAAGUAAUAGCUCGCUCGACGCGCCAGAUAAGGUGACACCUAAACAAGAUAAGAAGGGUAUCAUCUCGGGUAGGGUUUUAUCGGCAACAUUUGCUGAUUUGCCAGCUCCCGAGUUGAAAUGGGAGAAGAUGGCAACAGCACCAGUGCCUCGUCUGGAUGGUGCGGCUAUACAAAUAAAGAAUCUUCUUUAUGUUUUUGCGGGAUAUGGGACUAUUGAUACUGUGCAUUCUCAUGUUGAUGUAUACAAUUUCACCGAUAACACCUGGAUUGGAAGGUUUGACAUGCCAAAAGAAAUGGCUCAUUCGCAUUUAGGCAUGGUGACAGAUGGAAGAUACAUUUAUGUGGUUACUGGACAGUAUGGACCUCAAUGUAGAGGGCCCACAGCACACACGUUCGUAUUGGACACUCAAACACAUCAGUGGAAGGGCUUGCCACCUUUACCAGUCCCAAGGUAUGCCCCAGCCACCCAACUUUGGAAAGGCCGACUUCAUGUAAUGGGUGGUAGCAAAGAGAAUAGGCAUACGCCUGCUUUAGAGCAUUGGAGCAUAGCUGUAAAAAAUGGUAAAGUUUUAGAAAACGAGUGGAGAUCUGAAAUUCCAAUUCCCCGUGGUGGACCUCACAGGGCUUGUGUUGUGUACGACGACCGUUUGUAUAUUAUUGGCGGUCAAGAGGGUGAUUUUAUGGCCAAACCCGGGUCUCCAAUAUUUAAAUGCUCACGUCGUAACGAGGUUGUAUAUGGUGAUGUGUACAUGCUAGACGAUGAUAUGGAGUGGAAAGUGCUGCCCUCUAUGCCGAAACCCGAUUCUCAUAUCGAGUUUGCUUGGGCAAUUGUUAACAGCUCGAUUAUCAUUGUUGGAGGCACCACGGAGAAACAUCCUGUGACCAAAAAAAUGAUUUUAGUUGGAGAAAUAUUCCGGUUCGACUUUGAUACAUUGAAGUGGACUGUGAUCGGUAAGCUUCCUUAUCGGGUAAAAACGACACUAGUUGGGUUUUGGGAUGGAAUGUUAUAUUUUACAUCGGGCCAACGAGACAGAGGGCCCGAUAAUCCUGCGCCGAAGAAGGUGAUUGGGGAGAUGUGGAGAACAAAGCUUAUUUUGUGA